AUGGCUUCCUUUGAAAUUGCUGUUAGGUUCCCAAGAGAUGCAGGGAAAUUCCCUGUCAGGUUGUUUACACGGAGAGAUAAAAGGACAAGCAGAGGAAGCGAACCCAGUUUAGAAGGAACCUCGUGUUCAAGAUUGUUGGAGGAUAGAUCAUUGGUCAAAAGGGAAAAACAGUUAGAUAUAUAUGCCAAGUGGAAUCCCACCUCCAAGAAUGAUCUUGCUCAGGUUCAAGUGUUGAAGCCUGAACAGCUUCCCUACCUCAAGAGGGAUACUACCAUUGGAAGAGUUGUACGUGAGACUAAGAGAUGUGAGGAAAUAGAGGUUACCGAUAGAGGGCGAGAUAACACCGGUUAGUUUCAUUCCUUCGAGAUCCAACCAGUGACUCUCUUGUGAUUCCGACUACAUGUGACCCCAGUCCAUUUGCAGAGAGAAAAAGAGUCAUUCCAUGAAGCCAAGACAACUCAGGUGUUCUCUGAUAGGUUAGAGUUUACUGAAACUUGAGCGGUGCUUGUUUAUCGGUCUUAUCAGUGUAUGUGGAUG